AUGGAUCAACACAAAUGGUGGCAAGUUAUAUGGUUAGUCAUCUCUAUAAUAAUGUUUCUUUCAUCUUUGGUUCAAACCCUACAAACUUAUGAUCAUGAAUCAUUAGAAGACUUCUUUUGCAAGCAAGUGAACAAAGAUAUAGAAAAUCCAAAAACAGGCAUCUUCUACAACACUUCACUUCCUUCUAACUACACAGGAAUGAAAGUUAGAGCUAUUAGAUUGAGAACAUCAUCAUUUUACAUAAGAGGAUUGAAUUAUAGUAUCUUCAAAUUUCCACCACAUGUUGUGCCACAACCAAAUAGAAAAAGAAUGGUUAUACUAUAUGAAAAUUUUGGAAAUUGGUCUUCUCAUUACUUCAAUGUGCCUACUGAUUACACAAUGGUGGCACCGAUUUUUGGUUUUGUGGCUUACACUUCUUCAGAAAAUGCAUUCAUAGUUAAAGAGAAGAUGAGUUUUGUAAUCCAUGGGAAACCUAUUUUAAUACAUUUUCAUCAUGUUAGGUUGCAUGAUAAAAACGAUACACCAAUUUGUGUUAAGUUUUUAGAUGAUGGAAUAUUGGAAUUCCACAACAUGAGUAAGCCAUAUGUUUGUGAAGCAUAUGGGACAGGACAUUAUACUCUUGUGGUUCCAUCUCCAUUUCCAUCUCCAUUGUACAACAAGAAUAUAUUUACCAUUUGGUGGAUUUUAGGAUUUGUUGGUUUGGUCUUGUUGGUUUUGGUGUUAGUAACUUUAACUGAGGUUGCGAAGAAGAGGAAAAUAAAAAAAUUGGAGAAAAAUUCAGAAAAUGGUGAGGCUUUUGAUACUUUUUGGAUUGGUGAAACUAAAAUGCCAUUGGGUUCAAUGAUUAGAACUCAACCAGUUCUAAUUGAAAAUGAUUCAUGA